ACACAAGAAGCAGUGCAACGCAACGCGGCUCAGAAAGGAACACUGAAAAUAGCUAUAUCUGAUCAACCACAAGAUACACGGCGUGGGUGAUACAAUACCAUUAAUUUCCAUACCAGCAGGUACUGUACAACAACGCCCAAGUCCCGAGCUCCAAGCUCCACAUCCAUCGGAUUGCCUGGCAUAGGUAGUACCACUUCUUAGGGAUCGAGUUGGCUCGCGCUCGCCAUGAGUGACCUACAGAGGCAAUUUGCACGGGCGAAGCUGGCUGGCUUUCCAGCGACCGCUCCUGUACUGUUCGAUGAAGCAGACGAGGAGGAAACAGAUCAUUUUGACACAGGUCUAGGUCUUGGUCAUGCACCUGCACCGGAUGACGACUCCUCUUCAGCAUCUUCUGCGUCAUCAACUGGCACAGUAAUUCCUUCAUCUGACCAAACAUUGUUCGCGCGACCACAAGGGUGUGUUCUCCUAAAGCCAUUCGUGCCCAGCUAACUAACACAUGUCGCUCUCAGAUCCCCAAAUAAAAGAACCCUCAAUCAAGUCCCCUGGACCACGUACUUUGAGCGCGAGCUCUUCCUCGAAUCUACCGUUGAUAAUAUCACGAUUAUCCAUCAUGCAUACCUUACAUCCCCAGUCGGUACAGCACCGUUAUUUGUUACACAUCAUGGUGCAGGUUCAUCAGGUCUUUCGUUUGCCCUGUUAACGGCCGAGAUACGGAAGCGCCUACCGUCUGCUGGUGUACUUUCCCUUGACGCGAGGGGACAUGGCUCUACAACCAUCAAUCCAGAUCCAAACAUACUGGACCUCAGUCUCGACACUUUGAGUGCCGAUUUCUUGGUGGUGAUCGAGAAGGCCAAGAUACAAAUGGGAUGGGAUACAUUGCCUCCUCUGAUACUUAUUGGCCACUCACUUGGUGGUGCCGUAAUUACAGAUGUUGCAAAAGGAGGCAAGUUGGGAAGCUCCAUUCUUGGAUAUGCUGUCCUUGAUGUUGUAGAAGGAUCGGCCAUGGAUGCACUCCAAAGCAUGCAAACCUACCUAUCUACCCGACCAUUGGGAUUUCCAUCGUUGGAAUCUGGGAUAGAGUGGCAUAUUCGAACGAGAACAAUCAGAAAUUCUCUUUCAGCUCGAACAAGUGUUCCUCCAUUGUUGGUACACAACGAAAUGGCGGGAGCCAAACCAUGGACAUGGAAAACGGACCUUGCUGGAACUCAACCGUUCUGGGAAGGUUGGUUUAAUGGUCUUAGCAAAAAGUUCCUUGAAGCACGUGGAGGAAAGUUACUCUUACUUGCAGGAACAGACCGAUUGGAUACGGAACUUACGAUUGGUCAAAUGCAAGGUAACAAGAACCCCUCUUUCUGGUCUGAUAUAGGUAAAGAUUGACAAGCAAUUAGGCAAGUAUUCGUUACAAGUGUUUCCCGAAGCUGGUCAUUUCGUACAUGAGGACCUGCCUGAAAAGACCGCUAUGGUAAUUGUUGAUUUCUACAAGAGAAACGACCGAAGUGCACUCGUGCUUCCUCCCAAGGUUUCCGACCUGUUGAGAGCUGGAAAAAAGGUUUGAUCCAGCUUCUACCACCAUAAAUUUAUCACUUAUGGCGAUAUACGGGGUUGAGCCACCAUUUGAGACGAUCAGUACUCAUGGAGGAACCAUAGUACUAAAUCGAAUAGAGGUAGGGUGCCCAGAAUUGUAUCAGAGAAUCCUGAUCACAAAAUACUACAAACAAGCAGCAUUUCAGAUCGGGCUGAGUAUCUUUUUAUGUAUGCCCUACUCAAGAAACAAUCCAUGACUUUGUCUAUUCUAGGCUUCUUUCUCAAUAGAAGCUUAUCGAAUUUGGGAUUGUGCGAUUCUGAAUUAUUCCAAGACUUCACAAUUCAGAUAUGGAGCCGCGAUACAAAAUCCCAGAUGGCUCAGUACUGUGCCCCUCUUCCGCAUCUCCCAGGAAUCUGGGGUUUUCAUGUAUAUCUUAAAACGAUUCGACAAUUCG